AGCGUGUUCCUCGUCUGUUGGAGGCGGCGUGCGUCGCGUGCGCGCGCUGAAUCAACGCCAGCGAUGCGCUCGCGCCGAUGAUAUUCACCGGCGGGGGGGCGCGCCGUCGCACCUCGCCCGCGCCGCCGCGCACGCGCCCUCCCGCUUACCAGCAUCUAUAUGCUGAAAAUUGGUUGCCGGGCGGUGGCGAGCGCGGUCGAGAGCGAGGCGCCGACGAACCAGAAGUUCGUCGCUCCCGUGCUAAACGCAUCACGCAACGUCGUGGCGCCAUCAAACACCAUAAAAUCCAUGAGGUGAAUGGACAUCGUUUUGCCGCGAAAUUUUUCCGACAGCCAACAUUUUGCACCUUUUGUAAAGAAUUUCUAUGGGGAUUCGGCAAACAAGGAUACCGUUGCGUCGUGUGUCAGACCGCUGUUCAUAAGCGAUGUCAUAACAAAUUAUUGGGAAAAUGUCCUGGAUCUACCGCCUACUCUGACGCUACUGUGUACUUGAGAGAGCGAUUCAAAGUCGAUGUGCCUCAUCGUUUUCGUCCCCACCAAUUUAUGUCCCCUACGUUUUGCGAUCACUGCGGAGCGCUCCUUUAUGGAUUUUUUAAGCAAGGACUGAAAUGUGAAGAUCGUCAAGAUGAGAAAAGUCGCAUAUCUGGGACACGUGCAGGCACGAUAGAUACGAACUGUUACAACUCAUCAUGAUGGGAAAAGUUGCUGGAAAACGAGGCGUAGGUCGCAGAAAAAAAGUCCUGGCUAUGCAACAUCCGAGAGUGGACAGGCAUCAAGAACGCCACCGAACUCUUUCGCCUCGCGAAGAAUAUACCGGAGUAUGCGAAGCUGACUGCCAACCUUCGCUAGUCGGAGAGGCACCGAUAAGAAUAAGAAAAUGUUUGCCUCCCUUUUUAGAAAAAAACUUACAAUUACUCCAUAUAAAUUUUAGGUA